AGGUCCAUACACAGCAGAGGCUUCUUGAAGUGGAAACCAUUCAUCAGCAUCAACCAAAAAGGAUUGCAACACAACACACCACAUAACAUAAACAUAGACACCACAAAUGGACCCUGACCAUCACUCUAGGAAUAACUGCAUAACUGUGGGAAGGCAUCCAGUCCCUUCACAGCAUUGCUAAACAACAGAGAAGGUUGGGCAGUGAAACCAUCAUCUGGAAAACGGUCGGUCAGAGAAGCUUUGAAAUGAUCAGAUCUGAAAUUGGUCAGUGGUGUGGAGCCCUCCAUCAGAACCAGCCUUACUAAAGGUUCGUCUGUGAGUGAUCAGCCAGGGUGAGACUGGAAAAAAAAGUGUGAGUGGCUCCCAGUGUGGCGAGAGCUUCAGUCAUUCAUUGAUCCUCAAGAAUUACUGGGUGCUUCUUCCAGGUGAGAGGCUGUUCAAAUGUGAGGUUUGUGAUGAGGUUUUCAGCAGCUGAUAAGAUCUCCUAACACCCAAGGUACAUCUGCUGAACAGACUGAUGGAAGAGAAAUUUUUCAAGUGUGAGGUGUGUGACCAAGAUUUCAUGCGGUUAUCGAUGCUCAUGCAACACCGAAGUAUCCACAGCUUGGAGAAGCCCUUCAUAUGUGAGGUUUGCAACAAAUCAUUCUCACAGUCAUCACACCUCCGCACACAUCAAUACAUUCAUACAGGGGAAAAACCAUUCAGGUGUGAAGUUUGUAAUAAAGCUUUUACAACAUCUACAACUCUCCUUACUCACCAACGUCUUCACACAGGAGAGAAACCCUUCAGCUGUGAGGUGUGUGACAAAUCGUUCUCACAGUCCUCACAACUCCGCACGCAUCGAUAUGUUCAUACAGGGCAGAAACCUUUCAAAUGUGACGUUUGUGAUAAAGCUUUUGCCACGUCUACGAUCCUCCUGACUCACCAACGCAUUCACACAGGAGAGAAACCCUUUAAAUGUGAGGUGUGUGACAAAUCAUUUUUACACUCAUCUCAACUUUGUGUCCACCAACGUGUUCACACUGGGGAGAAACCGUUCACAUGCAAGUUUUGUGACAAAUCAUUCUCACGCUUAUCAAACUUCAGCCUCCACCAACGUAUUCACACGGGGGAGAAGCCAUUCACAUGUGAGUUGUGUGACAAAUCAUUCUCGCGUUCUUCACACCUCCGCUUGCACCAACGCUUUCACACUGGAGAGAAACCAUUCACAUGCGUGUUCUGUGACAAAUCAUUCACACAGUCAUCUAACCUCCGUACACACCAACGCAUUCACACGGGGGAGAAACCGUUCAUGUGUGAGUUCUGUGACAAAUCAUUCUCGCAUUCAUCACACCUCCGUCUCCACCAACGCAUUCACACGGGGGAAAAACCAUUCACUUGUGAGGUGUGCAACAAAUCAUUCUCACGCUCAUCGCGUCUCCUCAAUCACCAACGCAUACACACUGGGGACAAACCAUUCACAUGCACAUUGUGUGAUAAGUCAUUUUCACGGUCAUCAACCCUCCUCACCCACCAACGCAUUCACACAGGAGAGAAACCAUACACGUGCAAGGAAUGCGACAAAUCAUUCUCAGACUCAUCGACCCUCCGCGUGCAUCGACGCAUUCACACUGGGGAGAAACCAUAUACAUGCAAAAUGUGCGACAAAUCAUUCUCACAGUCAUCUAAACUCAGGAGACACCAGCGUUUGCACACAGGGGAGAGACCGUUCAGGUGUGAGGUUUGUGAGAAGACCUUCACUGACUCUUGUACUUUCCUGAGACACCAGCGGAUUCAUGAAGAGGAACAUCCCUUCAAAUGAGAGAUAUGUAACAAAGUGUUCAGUGGUCAUUGAGGUUUAUCAGUUGAUCAGCACUGGACAGAAAGUCGUCAAGUCUGAGGUUUUGACAAAGCUUUUGUGACAUCUUUGAGAUUCCUGAUACAGCACAAGAUUUACAUAGGGAGUAUAGUAUCUUAGGUAUGUGACAAAUCCUUCUCACAUUUAACAAACCUGUAUGUACAUCAACAUUUCUACCCAGGAGAGGAGCAAGUUGUCUGAACUGUGAGAUGUAUCAUUUGUGCAAUGGAUAAAUUAGAAACAAUCUAACAUGUUCAUACAAGAUAAGUAAAAGAAACUAGAUAAGUGUGAGUUAUGAGACAAAGGCUUGACAGAAGUAAGGAGCCUUUCCACCACCAGGCAAUCCACAGGAGAGAGACCCUUCAAAGUAAGGUUUGGAAAAGCUUUUGAGAUGUCUAUAUGCCUCCUGAUAAACCAGAAGAUUCACACGGGGCAGAAACCCUACAGAUUUGACAUGAGUGACAAAACCUUCAGACAGCCUUGGUGCUUUGCAAAUACCAAAUCAUUCCUGGGUAAUACAUGCACCAAAUCCUUCUGGAUGCUGUCUUAGCAUCUGCUCCAUCAGAGGAUCCAUAAAAAGGAGAAAGCUUUCAACUGCAAGAUUUGCAAUUUCAUUUUUGGGAGCUCGUACAGACACAAUGGGUUUGAUAGCCUCCUUCUGUAGUGUAAAAUUCUAUGAUUCAUUAGAUACCAGAAAUUUCACUCAGAGGGGAAACCCUUCAAAUGCAAUGUUUGUGAAAAACUUAAAUCCAAGCUCCCAUCUCCUGAAGCAUCAGAGAAUCCACACUGAUGAAAAAUCCGUCGUGUGAAAUGUGUGAAAGGCAUUCACACAUCAGUGUGUCUCCUGGUUGAUUACAUGAUUACUUUAUGUCUGUCUUCACUGAGGAAGAUAUUAAAAAAUCUCCCAGCAUUAGAGAUGGAAGAGUCAAGGAAAAAUAUGGAAUUGAAUGAAAUUAGAAUUUGCAAGAAGUCUUUGUUGGAAAAAUUAAUGACAUUUGAUAAGUUACUAGGACCUAUUAGUCUACAUCGCAGAAUGUUUAGAAAUGUAGCUUUUAAGAAGAAAGAUGUCAAACUUAUGCAAAUAUUAAUAUUGCUGAAAAAGAUACUGUAUGGAAUCUUUUCUACUUGCACUUAUCAGGACAAUUCUGAAGAAUGUCGGUUCAAGGGGAAAACCAGAAUUGAUACUGCAUGAGAGGACAGUGCUUCUUGUUUGGUAAGUGCAUUCAGCUGGGCAGAGAUUUUCCCCAGAGAGUGCACUGGUUAAUGCUGGUUGACAAUUAGCUGCCAGGUUUUACUUUAAUUUCAAGACAAAUUGAUUCUGAUUGGUCAGGUUAGCCCCAUGUGAAAUGAACCAUCAAAUGGAUACCAGCUAUUUUGUUGAGUUGAAACACUUUGUGUACAUAUUAAUGUCAUGUUUGAAUGCUAAAUUUUACAAAGAGGCAGAGAUGAAUGUGGGUCAUUUCUGCCAAGGUUUUCUUUUAAAUAAAAUUUAGUGUCCUUGUUGAGAAGCCAUAUGGCUAAGGUGUUUUAAUGGAAAAUUGUUAAUGCUGUGGUGGUUUAUGAGAAGUUGGUAAUCACUGAAGGUCAUUUGUUUAUGGCAGGUAGGUAUACAUGUCAGAUUAACUUCUUGUCAGUUCAGAAAAAUUGAAAUGUGGAGGUGCUGGUGUUGUACUGAGGUGUACAAAGUCAGAAGUCACAUGACACCUGGCUGUAGUCCAACAGGUUUAUUUGAAAUCACAAAUUUUCAGAGUGCUGCUCCUUCAUCUGUGAAGUCAUGGAUUGAUUUUAGUUUACAAUACCAGCGAUUGAAAGUUUUACUUUGUGGCACUCGGAGGAGACCUGACUGUUUUUGUUUA